AUGUCUUUCGCGCCGCAAUUCCAAAUUCCCGGGGGGUUCAACUUCGAGGCAUCGGCGGCGGCCGGACAGCCGCUGCACGCCAAUAUCUUUCGUCCACCGGAGUCGCCCUCAUCGUCGAGCUACAAUCUGGCCAAGUCGACGGGCAGCCUCUUUUCGGAUAUCUCGAUGUCGGCCGCACAACCGACGGGAGCGGCAAAGCGGAAACGGGCGAGCACGAGGGAGUCGACGCCGCUGGACUGGCAGAUGAACAUUGAUGGCGCACACGACGGCCGAAAUGGAGAGACAGGUCACCUCCGAUAUACGCUGGCGGGACAGAUCAGCACCACACCGGCAAGCGCGCCGAUUGGCGCGGAGAACGGCGUGUUAGAAGACAGUGUUUACUCUGACAUCGAUUACAGAAGAGCGUUAGGUCCGAAAACAGUUCCGAACGGCGACGCCCCAUCUGCCCUCAUACCUGACAGGACGACAGCGAGCACGCCGGGUCCAGCGGGAUGGACCUUACCCUUACUCAGCCUACAAACAAUAGGAGAUAUAGUGGGCAAAGUCUGGGAAUUCUGCAAAAAGGGAGCAUUCAGGGGUUUCCAGGCGGGGGGCGGUCAGGGAUACGAUGUAAACGGAUCGACAGUGACCGAAACGACGGGUCAGCCAUGGAGUUCGCAAACGGAUGCGCCGAUACAGCCUGCCGACGACACUCCGAUGAAUCAGGACACAGCAGCCUGCAUCUCCCCACUCGCGCCGCAACCAGAGACGCCAUCCUCUUCCCAGUAUCAGGAUACCACCACGCCCGAGUCCACUCCUCGGCCCGCCGCCAAGCGCCGCCAGGUCAGCGCAAAUAACGACGAGCUCAGGAACUGGGUGGUGGUGGAGGAACCGAGCGAUCAGAAGCCGAAACGCUUCGCUGCCGAGGUCAAGGCAGCUGCUGCAAGGCCGAGCGGCUUAGCAAGACCCAGACCAGGAUAUUUCUCCCAGACAGCUGCCAGCAGCCAUCGCCGCAUCAGUGCGCCAUCUCAAAGGUUCACAGGCGCCGCACCAUCGCUCGCGCGAGCGCCAACCCGUCCUCCGUUACAUAUCUCCCAUGCCGGCUCCCCUAACCUCACCCCGCGCGAGCCAGCCAGCUUCGCCUCUCCACGCUCAUCCCCCGUAUCCCACACAACACCCAGCCGCAUCCCCCUGGGCACAACUCAGCACCGGCGCAAUCAGAGCGCCGCGUCCGCGGCGGCAACAACAGCAGCAAGCCGACGGCGUAGCAUGUUGCUGAGUUCCGACGACAUCCAAGCCGCCAGUCCGCGGCUGGACGCCGAGGCGCGGCAGCUCGCUCAGCGGAAGCUGGCUGCGGAACGGGAUGUCGACUCCAAGGUCGAUGCGCUCAAUGCGCGGCUGCUGAGCAUGAUCCGCCAGGGGAGGGAGGCGCUAGGGACCAAGGUCGAGGUGGAGAUGUUGGAUGAAAUGGACACUGGCGUGGGGUGGGAGGAUGAUGAUUGA